AGACAUUUUGCCCCGAGCGCCCGCCGCGCCGCCACGCGGCGGGGGGGGGUCCUGCCCCUCUCCCCGCCCCCCCUGCGCGGCCGAUGCUGCGGCCUUCCGCUCCGGCCGGGCUCCCCGCCGCGGGCGCGGCCCGGGCGCAGCACGAGCGGCCGGCGGGCGCGGAGGCGGCGCCCGACAGUCCCGCCGCCGGAGACGAGUGCUCGCGGUCCUACCGGCUGUCGCCCACGACGCCCGUGCGCCGGGAGGACGACGCCGCCGGCGCCUCGGUCGCGGGCUCGCCCCCCGGGGCGCGGGCGUGGAGCACGGAGGGCAUGGCGCGGGACCCAGCGGCGUUCCUGAUGCAGGCCGGCCGCUUCAGGCAACACCCGGUCCAGCAGCGCGGUGCGGGACCAGGUCCGCAAUUUGGUAUCGAAGACCAUGCAGGUCACGGAGGCGAGGGCGCGGUCGUCCGCCGAGGCGGAACGGUCGAGGACGCUGGACAGCUUACGAGCGGCGCAGCAGGAGCUGCAGGCCACGCAGCUGGAGCUCCAGGCCACCGAGCGCAACCGCGCCGAGUUAGCGGUCUUGCUGGAGGCGACGAUCGCCUCCUCGCAGGCUGCCCAUGGUGGAGCGGCGCAGCUGGAGCGCAGCCACUGGGCUGCCAUGAGGAUCCAGGCGCGGUGGCGGAUGUACCGCGCGCGGCUGCGGCAGCACGGCCUGUGGCGCGGGGCGCACGACCCCUACGACGCGAUCGUGUGUUUCGACUCGCUGUCGUCCACGAUAGACGCGGACAAUCUCAAGAUCAGCAUCUUGAAGUGGGCGCAUUCUGCAUUCGAGAUCGAUAAGGCCCAGAUGGAGGGGAUCCGCAUCGUGGCGCAUAUGGGCUUGUUCGACAAGGGGAAAACAUUUUUGAUCAACCAGGUGUACGGCAAGAAUCUGCCGUCUGGCAAGUUGCACGAGACGUCAGGCUUAAGCAUAGUCUACGUUCCGAAGUUGCGUUUCCUGGUCAUCGACACCAAAGGACUGCAGGCGCCGGUAUCUUACAAGAAGAGGGGCGUCAGGCAGUUGGUGGACGCGAGCCAGACAGAGGUAUUCAUGUUCGAGUUGGUGUCACGAAUCGCCCACUACAUUGUCUUCGUUGUAAACGACUUCACCUGGCCCGAGCAGAGGCACGUGGUGCAGCUUCACCAGAAGUACGUGCAGUCCAAGCGGGAGAACCAGCUCAUCGUGCUGCACAAUUUGCGGACAACGAGGAGCGUCCGCGAGGCGACCGAGCUGUUCUACAAGCAGGUCGCCUCCAAGUACGAGGGCGUGGACAGAGGCGAGCUGGGAGGCCUGAUCUUCACCGUGGACGAGUCCCCCCGCAUCCACCACAUAGGACUCGCGGAGCAGGGCUCCCCCGCGGGCAACAGGUUCAAUCAGAAGAACAAGGCCCACCUGCUGCAGCUCCUGGACCAGCUGGAAGGCAUCGGCGAGCGUUCCAGGUCCCUCGCAAGCCUCCUCCAGGAGCACUUCGCCCAGCUGCUGCCCGAGUUCAUAUACCUCGAGUCCUCCACGGGCGAGCGGCAGGACGGCUCUGGGCUGGUGGUGCGGAUUCAGUUGGAGGAGGCCUCCUCGGCCGCGGGGGUGGGCCUCAGCGGCCGCCCGGAGCCCGACGCGGAGCGCGACCCGACGCUGUACAGGUCGGUGGGCAUGCUGACGCUGCAGGUCCCGGACGACCACGUCGUCCACAUGAAGACCGAGGGGGUGUUCUCGGAGUUUUGCGAGCUGGUCGCGCAGGACGUUACCUUCAAGCCACCACCGCCCAACUUCUACGAGCAGCGCCUGAAGGACAAGCUGGUCCGGGUGGUCGAGUUCGAGGUGCCUGGUGUCUGGAGGAAGAACAUCAAGUUCCGCAAGGGCAACCGCGGCUAUUCUGUCAGUAUGGUCAGGGCCAAGGACGAGUCGCUCGGCGGCUUCGGCGUGUGCAGCAGGUUCCAGGCACCGCGCAUCCCGACCGGCGAGUUCGUCUUCGACCUGUUCUUCGACGACGGCAUCUGGGACCUCGACGGCGGCCGAGAGGCCGUCACUCACGAGAACGGAAUGUUGCGCGUCCGGCUGAAGCAGGACCUGCAAGGCGAGAUCUUCUCUUUGGACGACCUUUGAGGUGAUAUCCGGAUGUUCUGGCUUGACGACCGCUGAGGCGGCGCACGGAUUCGGAGCGGUCGCCAGCCACCGCGAGCGCAGUUGGACGUCACAUCUGGGUCUCUGCGCCGUCCCGGAGGGAGGCGCGAGGCGAGGAGGAGGAGGAGGAGGAGGGAGAGGGAGGAAGAUGGGUGAAGUGAUAUUCUCGCGCGAUCGCUUUAUAAGUUGCAUCUGGAUUGCCUUGUCUAGCUUUUUAGAAAGUUGGGUGGAGGUGCGCGCCCGAAAUUCGGGAACGCCGGCGUGGCAGUACUAGCGGCUGCCUAUGCGGGCAGUCCUGCCCUCAGUGAGGAGGUUACAGGCUUAAUGCCUUGCACACAUUGCCGACUUUACCCCCCCUGUGUUGUUCCUGUCUGCGUCGUCGUCCGGCGUCCCUCCCGCAGCCGCCACGGCCUGGCAGGCUCGCCGCGGGCCUGCCUGCCCGCCCAGCCGCUCUUCCUGCCGACGUGCCAGAUAUACGCGCGCGCGCCGAGGCGCCCUUGGUGCAGCGCGCGCACACCACGCCUCGAACGAACAAACAUCGGGCGAAGCUGGCGGCUCCCCCUUGGGGUGCCGAAGUGGCAGGCAUCCUGCAUCGCCGUCAUCAUGAGGACGCUUUCGGCGAGCUCCCCCCACCCGCCGCCGUUCCAAAGUCGCCCGUCUCGCCAAGCGCUGGGCCAGCGCUUGGUCGGACGACUGGCGCGUGUGCUCCCUCAGCCCUUGCGGAAG